CAUAAAUACACCAUUAGACACGCAGGAGAAGAAAAAGUCCUGCUGCAUUCAGAAUCGUCCAGCAUUAUUUUUCCCGCCUGUUCGUUUCUGAGUGGUGCCGAAACCCGCGAUUGGGGAAUGGACCGGGAUGGAGAGAGCCCUCCGCCUGCUGCCGCUGCAUUCCGGGGAAGCCCAGCUCGCUGCUCAGCAACUGCCGGCCGAUCGGAUGCUGGAAUACGAUGAUCUGAAGCGGGCGAUCCUCCAGCGAGUGGGCCGGACACCGGAGCAGCACCAACAGUGGUUCUGCGCCUUGAUGCUGCGCGAGGUCGGCCGACCGUUCGCCUUCGCCCACCAGCUUCGCGAUGCAUGCCGGAGAUGGCUGCGGGACGAGGACCGGAGCACGGACGAGGUCCUGGACCGCGUGGUGUUGGAGCAGUUCAUCGCCCGUCUUCCGCCGCGGACUGAAUGGGUUCAGUGCCAGUGACCGGAGACCGUGGAGAAGGCGGUACAGUUGGCAGAGGACCACCUGGCGGCGUACGCGGGGGCGGGCGAUUCCCUGGGUCUCCGUCGAAAUUUCCUUCUUCCCUCUCCCUGAAGCCGGUGGCUCGGCCGCGAGCUCCUCCCUCUUCCUUUUCCUAUUUCUCUCCUUCUGCUCUCGCUCACGGAUCUUUGCCUAUGACUCCACAGUUGGGGGAGACAGUCCGCGCAGGUGCGGAGCGGAAGCCUGGGCCGGUCUGUUGGCGCUGCGGGGAGCCGGGGCAUUUCCUGGAUCAGUGUCCUGUCAUGGAGUUGGGGGUGAUGGUACGGAUUCCCGAGGCGCCACAGGCUGCCCCCUAUCAAGCAGGAACGUACCGUAUACCUGUGAGUAUCCAAGGGCGUACACACCAGGUGUUGGUGGAUUCGGGCUGCGAGCAGACAGCCAUCCAUCAAAGCCUGGUGCGAUGCGAAGUUUUGAAUGCUGCACGCCGGGUGAAGGUGAGAUAUGUGCAUGGGGACGUUCACGAAUAUCCACUGGUGGCCAUUUCGGUUCGUUUCAGGGGGAAAAAUCAUAGAGUGGAGGCGGCGGUUAGUCCCCGCCUCACCCAUCCGCUAAUCUUGGGUACGAAUUGGGCCGCUUUUCCUCGCUUACUCAGGGAAAUGUGUGUGGAUGGGUCCUGCGGUAAGGUGAAGCGGGGGGGGGCGUGCGCUAU